AUGCCUGCAUCCGGCCUGCGGAUUAUAAAUGUGGAUGCGGAACGUGUCUACAAAGCGUCGCUGUCGCUUUCCGGAUGCGGGUUUCUCUGUAUAUAUCAUGCUGGCGUAUGCGCAGCUAUUAAAGAAUAUGCUCCGCAGCUGUUGCGAAAUCGAAUUUCCGGUGCCUCUGCCGGUUCAAUCAUCGCUGCCGGUGUUGUUUGUAACUUAUGUCUUUCCCGAGCUACGAGCUUCUUCCUUAACGUCGUCUCUGAAGCAAGAUCAUAUACAUUCGGCGUUCUAAAUCGAGAUUUCGACUUGAUGAAAUUGUUGCGAAUGAAACUGAAUUCUAUCUUACCAAUUAAUGCUCAUGAGCUUUGCACUGGUCGGUUGAGGAUUUCAGUAACUCGAUUUCGUGACAUGGAAAAUGUGAUAUUGGAUGAGUUUCAUACCAAAGAUGAACUCAUCGAUGCAAUUUGUUGUAGUUGUUUCAUUCCUGUAUAUGGUGGUUUUGUUUAUCCAACAUUUCGGGGUGAAAUUUACAUGGAUGGUGGUGCUAGCGAUAAUCAACCGAUUAUUGAUAUUGAUACCAUAACAGUCUCUCCAUUUUCGGGUGAAUCUGAUAUUUGUCCGACAGAUGAGGAAAGUGCCAGCUUAUUUGAGUGGAAUUUUGCUGGAACUUCUAUUCGACUGACAACGAAUAAUUUGUAUCGCGUUGCUUUAUGUCUUUUCCCCCCGUCUGCUGAAGAAUGCGUUUCUAUAUGCCGAAGUGGUUUCAAUGACGCUUUGAAAUUUCUUGUUGGUAAUGGUUUUAUAUCAAAUGCAGUUUGUCUUUUAGUAGAAUCAAAUUUAUCAACUAAUUUGAAUCAAAUAAAUGAAACACUUAAUGCCGCAGUAUCAUCGACCUCCACGACGUGUCAAGAAAGUUAUGAGAACGGAAAAAUUGCGGGAUGUAUUGAUACUAUUCGCUCGACGGAGUCCACUCAGUUACCAUAUUCGAUGCAAAGCGCAUUUGAUGAAGCAGUGGAAGAAAAAUGGUUUCUGGAUUACAUUCGUUCAUUUCGGGUUGUUCAAUUAGCUCAUUACGUGACAUUGCCUUUAACCAUAGCAUAUCAGUGGUUCAAAUUUUGUCAGCGUUUAAGUACUUGGCUGGCAACACGAAUCACGAGGCGUAUUGCAGACGACUGGUAUAGUAUGAAAGUAAGGCAUAUCAUCGAUUUCAUUUUGAAUGAGAUUCAUGCGCAGGAAGCGAAAAUUUCUGCAAGACUUAGCCAGCAGUUGGCAAUCACUAAAGUAGAACUCACUGGAGUUGGUCAACAACCCAUUGUUCGAGAACAACUUAAUAUGAAUUUGUUAUCUGAAGCUAUCGAAGAAAAAGAAACAUUGAGAAGCAUAGAUAAGUUAUCAUCGCAAACAGCAUUAUCAUAUGUUAAGAGUAACUGUCAAACGGUUUUUCCACUGAAAAAGAAAUCGACUCAUUUCAGUACUAGUUUGUCUACAAAGGAGGUAGAUUAG